GAUCAACCAAAAUUAUCUAAGUUUACUACUUUUGUAACUACCACCAACACCAAUGGCUUCAGAACAAGUAAGAAGAAAAGAUGACAACAUUUUUGAUGAGCAACAUCAAAUCCAAAUCAAGAAAACAAGAGGCCCCAAAAGGGGUAGUGACACUGGUGCUGCUACUUCUGUGAAAGUACAAGUUGGAAGUGGUCCUGGUGCAAUUCAUGUCACAAAUGAUUCUGAUAAACAUUCUUUUGAAGAGAGACCAGGAGGUGUCAAGUUUGAAGUACAUAGCCAGAGACACAAGGGUAAUGAUAAUGUCAAAGAAUUGGCAAGUCAUGGACAAAAUGUAGUUCAAUCAGCACGACAACCUAAAGAUUAUGCUAAAAACGCAGCACUUGACAAGGGUGAUCAAACUUAUGCUGCUGCCACAGACACCCUUUCAGGUGCUGGACAAACAGCAGCUCAAUCAGCAAAGAAGUCUAAAAACACAGUUCUUGACAAGGGUCAACAAGCUUAUGCUGCUACUAUAGACGCCCUUUCAAACACAGGACAGACUGCAGCUCAAUCAGCAAAGAAGGCUAAAGACACAGCUUUUGUGAAGGGCCAGCAAGCUUAUGAUGCAACUACUGAUACCCUUUCAAGCACAGGAAAAACGGCAGCUGAAUCAGCAAAAAAGGCUAAGGACACAGUUCUUUACAAGGGGCAGCAAGGUUAUGGUGCUGCUACAGAUACCCUCUCAAGUGCUGGACAAACUGCAGCUCAAUCUGCAAAGAAGGCCAAAGAUUAUGCUAAUGACACAGUUUUUGAUAAGGGUCAGCAAGCUUAUGGUGCUACUACAGAUACCCUUUCAACUGCUGGACAAAAUGCAGCUCAAUCUGCAAAGAAGGCUAAGGACGCAGUUGCUGACAAGGGUCAGCAAGCUUAUGGUGCCACUACAGAUACCCUUUCAAGUGCUGGACAAACUGCAGCUCAAUCUGCAAAGAAGGCUAAGGACACAGUUCUUGAUAAGGGUCAGCAAGCUUAUGGUGCCACUACAAAUACCCUUUCAAGUGCUGGACAAACUGCAGCGCAAUCUGCAAAGAAGACUAAGGACAAGGUUCUUGAUAAGGGUCAGCAAGCUUAUGCUGCAACUAAAGACACCCUUUCAAGUGCUGGACAAAAUGCAGCUCAAUCUGCAAAGAAGGCUAAGGACACAGUUCUUGAUAAGGGUCAGCAAGCUUAUGCUGCAACUACAGAUACCCUUUCAAGUGCUGGACAAACAACAGUUCAAUCAACAAAGAAUGUAACAGGUUAUGUUGGGCAGAAAGCAGUAGAAGCAAAAGACAUCACAUUAGAAACAGGAAAAGGAGUAUUAGGAUAUGCAGGGGAAGUAGCCGAGAUUGUGAAGGACAAAGCUGCAGUGUCUGGUUGGGGAGCUGCACAUUAUACAGCAGAGAAAGCUGCAGAGGCAACAAAAGCUGUGGUUGGUGUUGCUUCUAAUGUUGCAGGGUACACCGAGGAAAAGGCGGUGGCCGCUAAGAAUGCAGUUGCUGGCACUGGAAUGAACAUUGUCGGAUAUGCAGAGAACAAGUUGGCUGAUGCAAAGGACUAUGUGGUUUCAACUGAAGUAAGUGCAGCAGAGUAUGCAGCUAGGAAGAAAGCUGAAGCUGAGAGGGAACUAGAAGCCAAAAGAUCAUAUGACUCCAAGGGAGAAACUGGAAGUGAAUUCAUUAGAAAUGAUGAUUUUCAAGAAUUUGAAUCAGGAGGAGGAGAGGAAAACAUGCAGAAGCAGGGAGGAGGAUUGUUGAAAGCAAUUGGUGAAACUAUAGUUGAAAUAGGCAAGACAGCUACAGAUCUUAUUGCUGGACGUGGACAUGGAGAAAAAUAAUCAUCAGUCACAACAGAAAUUUUGAGCAUUUAGAGCACAGCUUUGUUUUUUGCCUCUUUAAGUGUUUUUAGUUCAAACUCUCUAUGAACGUAGAAUGCUUUGUGCAUCAUGCUGUCGUUUUCAGGGGCUAAUUUUUAAGGGCCCUGGACCUUGUUUUUGUGAUUUCUAGCAAAGAUAGAAGUAGCUAGUAUCCUCUUAUUUUUUGUGCUGGAUCAUCUUAAGUUUGUUCAUCAAUAAAAAAAUCAAAUAUACGUAAA